AUCAGGGAGUACAAAGACUGUGCAGUUCUUGCCCAGAUGCUUCAGGAGAAACUAGAUGGAUACAAGGCUGAUGACCCCACUAUGGGAGAGGGACCAGACAAGUGUCGUACUCAGCUGCUGAUUCUGGAUCGUGGCUUUGACCCUGUCUCCCCUCUCUUGCAUGAGCUCACACUGCAGGCCAUGGCCUACGACUUGCUGGGCAUUGAAAAUGACGUCUACAGUUAUGAGACCAGUGGAAUGGGAGAAACCCGAAUGAAGGAGGUGGUUCUGGACGAGGAUGAUGACCUGUGGCUGACUCUGAGACACAAACACAUAGCUGAGGUGUCAACGGCUGUGACUCGCUCUCUGAAAGAAUUCUCUGCCAGCAAGAAGAUGAACACAGGAGAAAAGACCACCAUGAAGGAGCUGUCUCAGAUGCUAAAGAAGAUGCCUCAGUAUCAGAAAGAGCUCAGCAAGUAUUCAACCCAUCUUCACCUUGCAGAGGACUGCAUGAACCGCUACCAGGGUACAGUGGACAAACUCUGUCGUGUAGAGCAGGAUUUGGCAAUGGGCACAGAUGCAGAGGGUGAGAAGAUCAAGGAUCCCAUGAGGCUCAUUGUUCCUAUCCUCCUGGAUGCCAACGUCAACGUGUCCGACAAGAUACGCAUCAUCCUGCUCUACAUCUUCAUGAAGAAUGGUGUGACUGAGGAGAACCUGUGUAAGCUCCUGCAGCAUGCUAACAUCCCACCUGAGGACAGUGACAUUAUUUCCAACAUGGCCCAUCUGGGCGUUCCCAUUGUCUCUGAGGGAACUACGAAAAAGCCCAAGAAACCUGACCGUAAGGAACGGGUCAGUGAGCAGACAUACCAGCUCUCCAGAUGGACACCACUCAUCAAAGAUCUUAUUGAGGAUGCAAUCGAGGACAAACUUGACCCAAAACAGUACCCAUACAUCUCUCAGCGACAAGUCUCUGCCAAGGCCAGUGCUCCGUCAAGUGCUCGCUAUGGUAACUGGCACAAGAAUAGAGGCCCCACAGAGAUGAAGACCGGUCCCAGGAUCAUAGUCUUCAUAAUUGGAGGCAUGGCAUACAGUGAAAUGCGCUGUGUGUAUGAGGUCACACAGGCCAAUGGCAAAUGGGAGGCUCUGAUUGGUUCCACCCACAUCCUCACACCCCCUAGAUACCUUAAGGAUCUGCAACACCCAGACUUCCUGGAUCCCAACGCCCUACCAGAGGGCGUAGAGGAAUCACCGGCACAAUAAAAACACAUUCUCAA